GAGUCAGUGUUGCCUUAUCAGCUACUUCUUCACAUUGGCUGAGAGAGCUCAGUGUACUGCAGCUAAAAAUGUGCUGUGAGAGGAAGGAGGGAGGGAUUAAGGGAGGAACAAAACUGGGACUCAAGUACAGAAAAGACAGACUUUCACAGUGCUGUUUCAUAUGAAAACCAGACAGAUUCUCUUUAAGAUGCUGUCAGUGAACUUCAGUCUGUUUGUCACUUUGUGUCUGCUCACAAUCAGAGGUGUCAGCUGUGAAGAUCUCAGUCCAGUCAAAGAUGAACAGUCCAGUUUAGAAGACAGCUCUGUUACUCUGUCCUACAGAUACAGCAAGAAAGCAACUGGUUCUGAUAACUUCUUCUGGUAUCGACAAGAUCCAGGAAAGCCACCAGAGUUCCUCACCUCUCACUCAGGAACAGGAACAAUAUUAAUGAGUCCAAAGUCUGGACUGUCUGUUACAGUGAGUGAGGAAAACACUCACAUGAAUGUUCAGAUCUCCUCUGCUGCAGUGACAGACUCUGCUCUGUACUACUGUGCUGUGAGGCCCACAGUGACAGCAAACCCACAGUCUCUGUACAAAAACACAAAGUGUAAAGGACAAGACAAAGUGAACCAGCCAACAGAGGAUGUCAUUGCUACUGAAGGAGACUCAGUUACACUUGGAUGUACAUUUGAGACAAGUGACAGAAAUCCAUAUCUCUACUGGUACAAACAGGAAGCAAACGGUUAUCCAAAGUACAUGCUGAAAUGUUUCUCUAAAACAGUCGAUCAUGCUCCAGAGUUUGAAAAGGACAGAUUUAAUGCUACAAUUGAGAACAAGUCGGUUCCUCUGAAGAUCCAGAAGCUUCAGCUGUCUGACUCUGCUGUUAUGAGUCUCCUCCUACUGACUGCAGAGGUGCUUCAUGGCAGAAAACUGUUUGAUUCCAGCUGUGAACAUCAGACCAAACACAACUCACAGAACUUACUCAUACUGAACAUUCAGUUCCAGCCUUUCACCUCAGUGAACAUGGAAAAACUCUCUGCAGUUUUGUUCUGUUUAGUCCUCGUAGGUAACACCUUGGAAGAUCAAAUUACUGCCAACAGAGCUGAAGUGACUUCAUCAGAGGGCCUGAGUGUCACUCUGUCCUGUAACUAUUCAGUUAAAGCUGAGAAUCUCCAGUGGUAUCGACAGGAUGCUGGAUCAGCUCUUCAGUUCCUUCUCCUGAUUACUGAUGCAAAAGAGCCUUCAGUGGUGGAAGCAACACCUCCACACCCUGGACUGACUGUGAACCUGAAUGAGGAGAGAAAUCGAGUGGAUCUGCAGAUCUCCUCUGCUGCAGUGACAGACUCUGCUGUGUACUACUGUGCUCUGAGGCCCACAGUGACAGGAAACACCAAAACUCUGUACAAAAACCUUUGGAGCAAAGACAACAGAAUACUCCACAACAUCCACUAGAGGGAGUCACACACUGUUACACUGCAGUGGGAUGUGAUGACUUCAUUUUCAUUCACUUAAUCAGCCAGUCUCAUUGAGAUUAGGUUCUCUUUUCCAAGAAAGAGAAACAAAAUUUCAAAACAAGUACAUUCAUAAGAAAACACAGAACAGCAAGGAGUCAAUUCAAACAAUAACUCAUAUCAAGAAACAUAUCAGAGAUUUCAAAACAGCCAAGGGGAAUGCAAGACUCUAGUCUGUUUGUAGUUUGUAGUUCAUUCCCAUUGAAAUGGGUGUAAUAUGUGGACACAAGUCUGCCAAAACUGCAAACAUAAGGGAUAUCUAGAGUUAAGUAGUGACUGGAGUGUGUAUUGUAGUUAUCAGUUUUAAAUGACAGAUGUGAGGUAGUUUGGAAGCUUUGACAGUCGGGCUUGAACAGCAUAAGAUGAGUGUUUCUUCUUGGCUGUCAUGAUGACCAACCUACCGACUGAUACAUGGAGCAGUGAUGAGUGUGAAAUCUGUCAUUUGUGAUAAAGCGUAGUGCACUGUGGCCUACGUGGUUUAACUGUUGAUGAGGAUGUGUGACGUGUGAAUAUCACCACCGUGAAGAACAGACAUGAAGGUUCACUGCACAAUGGGUUUGCAGCUGGAAGAAGACAGACAUCCUUUAAUUCUGUACAGAAAACCAGGUUGGACUUUUAAUGUUUGUGUCAAUUGCAGAAUCUGAAUUUUGGAGGAUAAUCUGCUGUCAAGCCAAAUGCCUGGAUAUUAAUAUGACUCUGCAGCAGCAAUAUGGGGGCCAUCUGGAGGUUUAAUGGUUGGGUAAUCAGAGUCGAUGGCAGACAUUGAGAAUAUAAUCAGCUGGUCUUCUCAGCAUUUUAAACCACUCUGUGAUGGGGCAUGAUAACUGAAACUCAUUGAAGACAGACUGGAGACGGGUCAGGGACUGGGCUGGGAUGGAUCCAGGGCCAUAUAACAUUGUGUCGUCAGCAAAGACGUGGACAUUGAAGUAUUCAAUGUAUCAGGAACAAUUAUAUUAUUUAUAUAUGACGUAACCAGCACUGGCCCAGGGACAGACCACUGUGGCAACCCAUUGCUGACUUUAUGGCUGCUUGAUUGGUUAUCAUCAGCAGCAACAGUCUGACUUUUCUCUGUGAGGUAAGAAUGGAACCAACUAAUGGUGAGAUUAUCGAGACCUAUGGAUUGCAGUUUUGGGAGUAAGAAUUUGUGAUCAUACAGUAUGAAAAGCUUCAGAGAGGUCAAUAAAGAGAGCAGCGCAGAACAGUUUUUUAUCCAGGUAGAACAUAAUGUUGUCAGUGAAGGAGGCUGCUGCUGUUAUUGUGCUAUGACCAGGGCAAAAAGCAGACUGCUGUGGCUGAAGUCUGUUUAGCGGGUCAAUACAGGAGCCUAGUUGUUGAUUAACCAGUGAUUGCAGUAACUCUGCAACUUCAUUCAGUUCUAUCACCAAGUAUGACAGUCUUAAAUGAUCCAUUUCUAUUGGAAGUCGACUGAUGACAGAUCACAACAUUUCACUCUACAUAAACUGGUUCACAUCACAGACUUUGGUUUUGACUUUGUUUGUAUUAUCAUUGUUCUCUCAGGCUGUGAUUUACUGUGGUGCACCACAGGGUUCAGUCUGAGGUCCUCUCAUUUUCUGUUUAUAUGUUACAUUAAGAUCAAUUUAUUUUGGAACACAACAUCAGUUUCCACUGUUUUAUUGAUAUUGUGGAGGCUGGUGAAUUACAUACAAAGUGCUGGAGUUUAACACCUUUAUACAACUGAGGGAGUCUGGAACUGAGAUCAUUUACUAAGUAAAUGAAUUAAAUGUUUACUUUCAAUAGAGAAAAUAUGUCAAGCAGCAAGCAUGACACAUGAAGUAGUUUACAGAAAGUAAAAUUCAUGUAUGAUAGACCAUGGAACUACAGACAGGAGAAUUUUACAGAGACAAACAAUCUUCCUCUGAAGAUAAUUUAUGUGUGUAAAGGACUGUGCAGUGUGAUUUAACUCAUUCAGGACCUUCACAUGUGAGUCAGUGUUGCCUUAUCAGCUACUUCUUCACAUUGGCUGAGAGAGCUCAGUGUACUGCAGCUAAAAAUGUGCUGUGAGAGGAAGGAGGGAGGGAUUAAGGGAGGAACAAAACUGGGACUCAAGUACAGAAAAGACAGACUUUCACAGUGCUGUUUCAUAUGAAAACCAGACAGAUUCUCUUUAAGAUGCUGUCAGUGAACUUCAGUCUGUUUGUCACUUUGUGUCUGCUCACAAUCAGAGGUGUCAGCUGUGAAGAUCUCAGUCCAGUCAAAGAUGAACAGUCCAGUUUAGAAGACAGCUCUGUUACUCUGUCCUACAGAUACAGCAAGAAAGCUGCAGCUGAUGAUUACUUCUUCUGGUAUCGACAAGAUCCAGGAAAGCC